CGUAGCAACGCGUAACGCUUCGUCCAUUGCGCCUCGAUAAAGCGGAUUUCUCAUUUGCGUUUAUAAAACGGACCAAUAACUCUUUAAAACUAAGACGCUCGUUUCAGCUGGCUAUUAUCAAGAAAGACUCAUUUCUUUUGUAUUUAUAAACGACAUUUCUCGAGUACAAUGACGCAGGAACAGACGGACCACCCAGACAAAUAAACCGAGGCAGAGACUGAUGUUGCGCAAUAAAUAAGUCUCCAGCAUGCCUCCAUCCGCGUCAGCAGCUCAGGAAAUAACCCACAAUCUUGACACAGAUUCAGGAAUAGCUGCUCUGGGAAGAGAUUAUGAAAAGAAGAAGCAGAAGUUGCUGCUGGAGCUGCAGCUGGAGUACAAAGAUUAUGCUGCCAAGAAAAAGGAUUGCAAAAGUCAUGUGCAUGAGGAGCAGCAGGGUCUCUCCUUACCUAUUGAGGAGAAGGUAUCAGUAAAGGAACGACUGAGAGAAGAGAGACAGAGAGAAUACAACCUUUUCCUCCAGGAGCAAGCUCAAAACAGAAGGGCAAAGAAGGGAGCACAUCCGGUUACCUCUAAGCCAGAACAUCAAGCAUCAGAUGCUGUAAGCAUAAUUAGUCCUGGCUCUGCUUCGUCCUUCAUAAGUACCCAGACAAGCACUCCGCCCCAUCAGAGGGAGAGUCCGGCAUCCGUGAAAAACGCUGCCACUCUGACCGAGGCAGGAGACCACAGAAGAAGCCCAGACACCAGGAGUCCCAGCUCCUGGAGGCGAAGGAGAUGGGAAGUACAUCAGCCGAGAAGGACGUACAGCUCUGAGGAGGAGCUGAACACAGAGGAAGAGGAGGAGUAUGACUUCAUACGCCGGAGGAGGCGAGGCAGAAGCACAAAUGAGCAGGAGUGCAAAGAGGAAUGGGGAACCCCUGACCAUGGACAGAGGAGAGAUUUGCGAGACAUGAAGGAAAUGGAGGCCCUUGCCGUUCGAGACCAAAACAGCAGCGACGGGAUCUGGAAGGCGGACAUUAGUCAAACUCCGCAGAACCUGAAGACAACAGCAAAAUCCACACCUACUGCCAACAAAGUCGAGAAAGAGCUCGCAACUGGACUAAUGAUCGGGGCAGUCGAGGAACGAAGCGUUAUUCAAUUGAAGAAGGAGCAGUACAAGCAGGAAUUACUGAAACAAAUGGCAGAGCAACAGAAAAACAAGAAAAGGAAGAAGAAAUCUGUGCUGAAGCUUGGUGCGGCUGAAGCUACAACUCCUGAGAAAGAGGAGAUUGGCGCUGCAUCUCCUCAGCACCAGAGCUUGGAGCAGGAUGUUUCUGAUACCCCGGGGUUUGAUUCUAAAUGUGACAAUUUCUUUGAAAGCUCACAACCCAGAACUCUUGGACACAAUCCCCUGAUGAACUUUGGUCCAAACUUCAAUCAGCUGCCAGGGAACACAUUGCCUCUGUGUGGGAUGGGAGCAGUGCAGCAAGUGGUGUCACCGUUUAAUUAUUACAACACCUUCCCUGGCAUGCAAGGGCAGGUGGCCAUCCCAUGGGUCCCUGUUGUUCCUCCUGGAUCUCAUGUAGUUUCCAACGGUGACGCAAGCCGGUAUGAAGGACCCAGAAAGCAGGAUCCUUAUUCUAACCAAUAUCUGAAUGGGAUGCUUGGACGAGCUCAGCAGAAGGAGACAUGUGAGACUUCCCAAAGGAGCGAGAGCACCGAGAGCUACAGAGAGGCACCAAGGCCACAGGUUACAGAAAAAGAAGGAUGCACAAGAAGAGAGAAAGAGAAGAAGAGGAGAGAGGCUGCUCAGCUGGAGAGUGAACCGGUGGUGUACGACCCCUGGGGAAAAGGCGGAGGAGGAGCUCCAAUUAGAGACAAACACGGAAACCUUGUUAGUGACCUGUAUCAAAUGCGCAGCUUUAAUAAUAAGAGGAUGACCUCUCUGGGAGCAGAACUAGAGUCUCCAAUUUCUCUGCAAGAGUCGAGUCAUCCGUCGCCUCUGCAGCUGGACAGGUACACAGAGGAACUGAGACAACAGAUAGAGGAAAGGAAGAGAAAAAAAGCAGAGGAGCGAGAGCGCGUUCGGAUUGCCGAGGAGAACGAAGAGAAGAAGCUGGCGAUGGAGAGGGUCCGCAUACAGCAGCAGUACGAGGAGGAGAAGAGGCGAGAAAAAGAGAUGAGGAGCAAAGGCAGACAGAGCAAUCAAGCUGAAACUCAUGACAUCGAGAAGGUUCUCAGCAAAGAGCAGAAAAAUCUGAAUGCACCCCAGAGUGUCCGUCAAAAUGAGAGACGGAAAUCUCCUUCCAUCCCAACGUUGCACAGGAAGUGUACAAAUGCUGUGACAAGUCCUUCAUCUGCCGUGGGACCACUUACUCCAAGGACUUUGUUUUUGCAGAGGGAGCCAUCUCCUCCCAUCCCAACUUUGCAGAGGAAGCAAACAAGUCCGUCAUCUGAUAUGAGCUCACCUUCUUCAAGAAUUGAGCGUAUUGUAUCAGCACCAAGCAUCCAACCAGUUACUGAGAGGAAGCCUUCAAUACCUGCAGGUCAACAGGAAGUGAUCAGAGAGCUAUCAACCCUCCGCAAGUUUCUGAGGAGAGAACAGAGACACCUGGAGCUUCAGCUGAAGGAGGAGGCUCACAACCCUCACCUGCACAAGCAUUGAAGUACAAUCAUGUAGAAGAUGAUCCAGAGCCGAGGCUUUCGAAUCUGCAAACGUCAAAUCUACUGAAGUAUUAACUAUGGGUCCUUCCCUUGCUCCUGGAUUUCCUGAAAAGAAAAACUCAUGGGAGUUCAACUUCCUCAGAGCCCCACAAAACGUGAGCCGGAGAAGCGCAUGAACUGCAGCGAUAACGUGGAGGAUCCGUCUCUGACGCCGAGGACAGAAACCUGGCUGAAGCCCGGCUCAGAGCCAAGAAAAUAAACAAAAACAAAACAAAUGAAAAAGUCAGGAUGCAGGCUGGAUGCUUCACCCUGGCAGAAACGCCACAUCAUCCAGUUCCUCAUGAGUCGGACUCCACAGGGAAUUUCCAUUUACUGUGGCUUUGCAAUCUUAAUGUUUCCACAGCUGCAGAUAAGGAAGCUAAUGGGGACAUUAAAAAAUAUAUGCAACCAAAGUCUAACUACAUAGCAAUAGCAAGAUAACCUUAAAAUGUCUGUAUAUUCAUAUUGCACUUUUUUUAAAUUUAUGCAUUAAAAUGUACUUUUAAACUAAA